AUUAGUGGUGCAAUAAUCUCUCAAAAGGAAAUGCAUUUUGUAAGAUUUUAAAUUUGUGAAACUUUGGAUUGUUCGUAUAUAAAAACCAUUUCUUACUUCAAAUUUAGGAAAUCAUGGCUAACAAUAAUCCUAUUCCGAUGAAAAUAGUCCUCUUCAGUUGGGUUUCCUUCUUCGCAGUUUCAGCAGCUAUACAGAUUGGAAUUAAUUAUGGAGAUAAGGGUGACAAUCUCCCUUCUCCAGACGCAGUCCCAACCAUACUCCAACAACAUAACAUCCAACGUGUGCGCAUCUUCAAUCCAAAUCUCAGUUUUCUAAGGGCGAUAAACAAUUCUCUCAUCGAAGUAGUCCUAGGAACACUUAAUGAAGAUGUUCUGACGCUCGCAAGUGACGCGUCCUAUGCAACGUCAUGGAUCAACACCAAUAUCAUUCCAUUCACAAAUGUGAAUUUCAAAUACAUAUCAAUUGGUAAUGAAAUUAUGUUCCCUGGGAACUACGCAAAUUCUUUAGUUGCAGCGAUUCAAAAUCUCGAUGCUGCUCUUAAAGCUGCCAAUAGACCAAUUCCCGUUACAACCGCUAUCGAUAUGCACCCAAUAGCAGUGUCAUAUCCACCUUCUGUAGGGAGAUUUACGGAUGAUUCAGCACCGAUAUUUAGAUCCCUUGCAUCAUUCCUUAACACCAAUGGGUACCCUCUCCUUGUGAAUGCUUACCCUUACUUCGCUUACCUUGGCUCUGGAGGUGUAAGUUUGGAUUAUGUAUUGUUCAACACCACCGAUGUUGUUGUCCAAGAUGGUGAAUAUGGAUACAAGAAUAUCCUUUAUGCUAUGGUUGAUGCAAUUUAUGCAGCACUAGAGAAAUUGGAUGCGCCCGAUGUUCGGAUUGUCGUGGCUGAAACAGGUUGGCCUUGGUCAGGGAACGAUGUGGCGACGAUAGACUAUGCUUCAAUGUACAAUAACAAUUUGAUUUCUCAAUUAACAUCAACAACAGGUACACCAAGGAGACCUAGUGUUGAACUAGAAACAUACAUAUUUUCUUUGUUUAAUGAAGAUCUCAAACCUGAAGGAACCGAAAGAAGUUGGGGUAUUUUAACUCAUGAUGGAGAUGAAAUGUACCAUGUUAAUUUUCCGUAGUUAAUUAAGAUGAUAUGUAAGAGGGAAUUCUUAUAGUAUAUCAGUUAUUUUCUUGGCCUGUUUCCUAAAUCGAUUAGUAAUUUGAUUUUGGGAUUAAAAAAUGUUGGGCAGUUAGUAGGAUGUAUUCUUGUUAUAAAUCAAGUUUAUUCUUGUUUCUCCUCU